UAAAAGGUGAUGAGCCUGGACUUGAGAGACCAUUUCUCGGUCUCUCAAUAGUGUUAAUGUUUUAAGUGAAGAAUAUUUUUUUUUUUUGAGCUGCAAUUAGCAUAUUCAGGUUACAAAAACUGAGGUAAGCUGUUAGCAUGUUAUAUUACUAAGGUAACACAGCACAAUUGAAGAUACUCUCAUACCUCUAUUUUACCUUUUUUUUUCUGCCCUUGAAGCCCCUAAAUAGGGCCGGAGAUUCUGUGUGAAGAACGGCCGAGUAAGAGAGAAGAAUCUCUGUAUUUCAAAUUGAAAUUGAAAACCCUUUUCCGUCUUUUACAAAACCCUAAUUUGUUUUGAGGAAAUACAAUGGAAGGGGAGGAUAAUAGAAGCAGCAGUAGCAGUAAUAUAGUCCCUGAAAAAGUAAUGGAAGGAGUAAGAACAAUACUGGCAAAUAUUGAUGAAUUAAAGUCAAACUUUGAUGAAUUUAUUUCUCUUGCGUCUGACUCUGAAAUUAUCUCUCAAUUACCCCCUUUAGAAAGAGCUCAAUCCCUUCUUUUACUUGCCAAACUUACUUCAGUUCUUUUGGCUGUGAGGCUGAGGUGCACCGGAGUUUACCUUGAUCAUCAUCCUAUUAAAGGAGAACUUGAGAGAUUGAGCCGAUAUCAAGAAAAACUUGAGCGUUUUGUGGAACAAAGUAAAGCACCUUUGCGGCCUAGUACUACUCUGAACACACAAGGAGCAGCACGCUUUCUUGAACACUCUUUACCUGAUCUUACCCCUGAGCAGAGAAAACGAAUGAGGGCGAUUAGUAAAGUUGAGGGAAAAAUGAAGUACUCGGAGAGGGCUAACCAGAAAAAGAGGAAAACUCCAAUAAGUGAUAUGAAAUCUGUUCGAGAGGCCGCAGAAGUGUUUCUGGAAAAAGCUGCUCGUGAGCUUCUUGGUGAAAAUAUUGGAGGCAUGAAGGGUCCUUUGGCCCCUGUACAAGCCGUAAAUAUAGAUGAUGAAUGAACCACUAAUAAUGUGGUCUGCUGACUAUGAGGUCUCAGUUUUUGACUCCAGCAAUAUUUUUGUUGAAGUGGGCAGCACCAGCACCAGCACCGGCAGCAGCAGCAGCAGCAGCACCAGAUGCGCAAUAAUGGUGUCAUUUUCAUUAGUAUUUAAAAGCAAAUAGCCAAUUAGAAGUGUUGCUUGUUGUUAAUGGUAGUAGAAGUGUAUUGAAGUCCUAGACCUAGAUCUUGAAUUUUGAUGCACCUUCAUCUGUUAUCAAAGUGUAGAACCACAACUGUUGUCUGUUGGUAUUUAUACAUUUUUCUUAUUCCAACAACCAAUCUUUAUAAUGCUCUUAUUGUUCCAACUUCCAACUU